ACAGACAGACCAGACAGAGACGGAGAAAGAGUGUAGAGCCGGGGGGAGGCGGAAAGCGAGAGAAAGAAAGAGUACGCGGGAAAGGGCGCGCGCGCGCACGCCUCUCGACCCACCGGUCGAUCGACAACCACGUCGUCGACGGCGAAUAACGUGGUGCGCCAAGACGGCAGUGACGACGGAAUUUCUUCUUCUGUUCGCGUGGAGACCGAUAAAAAUGAACGCGUAGAAGGCACAAAGAACGAAGAGAAGGUCGGGCAAGGCGAAACGUAAUAAAGGAGAAAGAGACGAAGGAGGGAGAAGCAUAGCGGAAGACAGAUCGGCCGGGAAGAAGAAAGGACGGAAGGAAGGAAGGAAAGAAGGAAGGAAGGAACUGUUUCAGAACGGAGUAGCGACAUGGAAGCAAAGGAGAGGGAGAAGCCACUGGUUAAAGACUUGAACGAACAUAUCGUGUGUCCUCUGUGCAGAGGCUACCUCAUAGAUGCUACGACUCUCAUGGAAUGCCUGCAUUCUUUUUGCAGAGGUUGCAUAGUCAGAAGAUUGAGCAGCGGUGCACGAGCGUGUCCCGUGUGCAAUGUCGCGACGUCGCCGCCGCUUUUACCGGACGUGAAGCUGCAGCGCUUGGUCUAUCUGGUGGUACCGGGACUCUUCCGAUCCGAGCUCGAGCGACGACGCCACUUUCGCUUAGUGAACCCGCAAUGCCCGCCUCUGGCCCUACCUUUGGGAGCUCUGGACUUAACCUUGGACGAUUUCGUCAGCCUGAGCUUGUGCGAGUUGGACGAACAGGAGGACGAGACGAACGAUCAGCCAACGGAAAAUCGUGUCGGAUCACGGCACCGAACCAACGUCGAAACGCGAGCGAAGCACGAAGACACCGUACGCGUUAAAAGCACGAGGUACCUCAAGUGUCCUGCGGGAGUUACGGUUCGACACCUCGUACGAUUGUUGAUGCUGAAGAGAGGUUGGGAAGAAACACACUCUCAGGGAACGACCACCAAUAGAAUCGAGAUGCUGUGCGAGAAGAGCAAGGAACAACGACGCGGAGAUUCGAAGAUGACGAUUCUGGACCAGUCGUGGACUUUGUUGGACCUCGCCUGCAUAUUCGGUUGGAAAAGGGAAGCACCCAUGAAGCUGUAUUAUCGCGUGAUACGCAAGGAGAACGCGGAGCCGGUGUCGCGAUUGAGUCCUUACGACGAUGGGACGAGCAAGGAUGCCUCGACCAUGGAGAACAUUCAAAGGCCGCCGACGCCACCGCCGAGUCCGAAACCAGCCCAAGAAUGCGAAGUGGAGGCUCGUAGGAUUUUAGAAAGUAACACCGAGCCGCCUCGAUCCUUGGAGGCGAAUCUGGAACGCGACAAAGAGCCGAAGGCGAAGAAACCCCGAUGCGAGGUGACGCCCGUCAUGAGAACUCCGGACCUCGUGCCGAUACAGACCAACCACGCGACAGAGAGUUCCAAGAGCAAAGAGUUGACGCGGUUGGAGCACCGAAAGCGCAGGAAACGACGGAACAAGCGAGUGAUCGCCGAAAUCACCACCACGCCGCGGGAGGAUUUGUUGAAGCUGAAAGUUCGACUGACUCCGUGUCCUCCGAGGAUCACGUCGAGCACCAGCAGCGGUCAGACGAAGGAGAAGUUGCUACAAAUGAGAGCCGUUAGAAGAGAGAAGAUCAAAGUUAGCCAGCAAAGAACGACCAGUUCCUUGGUCCGCGAAGAAAACGUCGGGACGAAGGAGAACUUGGGCGAUACCGAAGAGACCAUAGAAGAAAUCAUAGACAGUAUACCGGACGAGGUGGUGCGGAUCGCGCAGAAUAUAAGUACCCAAGGGGAGGAAGCGUCGUCGGCUACGGCCGAUAGAGUCGAUCCGAGAAGCGCAAUUUCUAAUUGUAGAUCGUCGACUAAGAGAGAAGAGAGCGAACCCGAGGCUUCUAAAACAACGGAUAAAGCGGAGACCGAUCGUCCGAAGAAGGACGAGGAGAUUCUUCGACGACUGGGUCUGGUAGCCGUGAACAAGACGAGCGAUAAUCUCCAGGAUAAAGCCAAGCAACGAGUUCAAAACAAUGGCGAGAAAGGGUUGGACCGAGAAAAGCUAGAGAAACAAUUGCGCGAGAGCAAAGCCAACCGAGUGAGAAGUUUGUUAGCAGAGAAACAGAUGCGCGACGCGUUGAAGAGCAUGAUGUCCAGGACGAAAGACCCAUCGUCUCCUGUACAGACCAACACCGGACCGAAGAAGAAAGGUCCGCCACCGCUGGCACCUCUGCGCGUCGCCAAGCCCUCGGGUUUUGCCGCAUCGAGCGCCAUUUUGGAAGCGAACACUUCCAAAUACGAGAUCCCAUUGGAUCUGAGCAGCGGAGGAACAGUGCACGACAACGUGCUCGAUCUAUCGGCCAAUUUAUCCACCGGUAAUUUUACCUCGUCUCCAUCCUCGUCCUCUUCCUCUUCACCAUCGUCUUCUUCGUCGUCUUCGUCCUCUUCGUCUUCUUCCUGUUCCGUACCCUCGUUGAAUCCCAGACCAACGCGUCCAGCGAUCCCUUCGGGAAGCUUGCUACGAGGGAAGACCAAAGAUAUGGAGCAACGACGAGGUCAAGAUUCCAAUCUGGUGACACUCUCCGACGCGGCUGUGUCCCUGCUAAGCAUCGACAAGAAUACGGUCGAUCCACUGGUGCUGAGUUCGACCAACAUCGCCAGCAAGGUAGCUCUUCGAAUUCCUCAACCCCAUCACAGAAUUUCCGGGUUUGGUAUGAAGAUCAAGCCGAAUCUGGGUAUCAGACAUAUCCCUAAUCCACAGGCGGUCGUCGCCUCGCAAUACAGGAAUCAAAGGGUCAGUUACUUCAACACUGCCUCGCAGCAACCACCGUAAACAGGGACGCGGUUUCGAUCGAUCGUCCGUCUACUCUACGGGUUUUUCUUUUCCAAUUUACUUCUAUAGGCGGCAGCCACGCGAGUCUUAAGAGUCGAAGGGAGAAUACUCCCUCGAAGAUUCGGCUUCGAGUAGAGUAUUUUUCUUUCUACACUCGAUUGCUAGUUGUUUACGCGUAAGAACACGAAAACGAGAUUCCUAUGUGAACUAACCCAAAGGCUGUACGUUACCGUAAGCAUACAUAUUUUCUCUCGCUUCCUAGAACGUUUCGUGAAACUCGGGCGACUUUCGCGUGGGUGCGAAGAGACACGCGGGUACACCCGGUAGCAUAAACUAGAACGGCGACUUGGAAAGUGAAAGCGAAAGAACGAUUGUGACAUUUGAUAUGGUAGGGGUACACGAAAUUCGUGUACUUUUUUAAAAUUAGCCGUUAUUAACCCUUCGGGGCACCCGCGAUCAGGAUCUACCAGAACGCGUACAACGGUGUAUCGAAAUUAGGUAUUCGGAUUUCUAACACGUGUCUGUACCUAUUAUACAAAUAUCCUCUAAAGGAAGAACUUACAAUUUGGUAAAAGAAGAUAAAAAAAGAUCUAAAAGUUAAAUGUCAGAUAUGUCGGCAGUCCGCAGUCUUUUCCCAGAAACAUAUGACAGUAUCUAAAACCGUUGUUAUCUAGAUGUACUAAAGUUACGUAUGUUUGUAAUGCAUGUACGUGUAUCUAUGGUCAACUAUUAACAUCUUGCCUUAAAAUAUGUACUCGAGGAUAUUCACGGAAACGUUUCGUUUCCCUUUUUACGUCUACGACUUGAUGAAGAAGCAAGGCAAAGGGGUUAAACGCGAGUCGUGAUCGAGUCAAGAAAGCAGUUUUCGAGAAGGGGCAAUUCGAGGAACAGUUCUAUCGUCCAUGAUAGGAUGGCUGACAUAGAUACAUUGGACGUAAUAUAAGUUAUAGGGGGUUGUAGGAAAGAUAGUUGGGUGAAUGGUUAGAAUUAUGGUGGGUGGUUGACGGAUAAGCUGUCUUGUCUCUCCUUUUUUAGAAACAUAGCGAAACAUGUACUUCAUAGAGAUGCCAAAGAACGCCAGAGAACGUGUGCAAUGUAUUAGUGCAAUUUAAUUAUCGUCUAUUAUAAUAUACAUAUACAUACGAGUCUAUACUAUAUCGAUCGCGAUACAAGACCGAUUCAACUCGUGGCAAAGGAUAGAUACUAGUCUGAACGGUUGAAAGGUUGCGAGUCGGAUGAACGACGGUUUCAAACAGUCCUCUAACUAAUUAUUAAAAAAUAAUUAUCAAUUAUACGAAGUCGAUGUUGCGGAAAGCUUUGCAAAAGCUUUCGUUCAGUUGGAAGGUCUUAAAGUACGCGUACGUCUUCGAAGAUCGUACGAAGUUUUUAUUUUAUAAAAGCAUAAACUGGCGUAUAGCUAUUGUUAUCGAUUUGCGAAUGAUACGUAGGGUAUCGUGUGACUGCUGGUACGAGCUCAAAGAUGGCGAUUCUGCGGCAAGAAAAUAAUCGGAAAAUUGUGGAAUAAAGUUUCUUCUGUGAAACGAUACGGAUACGUAAUAUGGUAAAGCCAUACUUUUAACGCUUUUCAAGUUAAUAAAAUAACGUUGUUAAAAUAUUAGCGUCUUUCUUCUCUUGUCCACUACGUACAAUUUUCUAAAGCCUAUUUUUCUCGCAUAAGAUCACCAUUUUUCCUCUCGUAUUAUCAGUUACACGACACCUUCUGUUAUAGCUUAAGAUCGAUACGAUCGAGUGCUUUGAAAACAUUUGAAACUUUAUAUGCGUGAUACGCGAAAGCAUUUUUAACGCUGUAUCGAAAUUUGUAUAUACGAUCGCUGAAUUGCUCCUGUUCGCGCAAAAGGACAGCGAUAAAUAGUGGUUGAUUCGAUGGAAACCUAAUAAAAGACAUGUUUGCUAGGAAUCCAGAUUCUACUCGAACGAUCAGAAUGAUAAAAACAGUGUGCACAUCGAUCGGAGCGUACGCGUUGCGUAAAGAGAGUAUGAUAAUUAUCGAGUAAGAGUCAAGGUGGGUAUGCAAACGUAUCAUAGAAUUCCAAUCGACCGGUCGAAACGAAUCGGUGCGAUGAAAAUGCAUAUGAAAAUGGGGAGAUAAAUGAAACUACAUUAUAUAAUUAAUAUGUGCGUACAUGUAGAGAAGCAACGCGUUCGCUUAAGAUACGUUAAGUUGGUGUUGAAGGUUUGUCGUAUUAUUUCAAUAGAAGUCGAGCAAUUACAGUUGCGAGAAAUGAUCAAAGUUAUCGGUACGUGUAAUUGUUAAUUAUGCAGAAUGAGUGCACACGGUAAAAAUACCGAGCUGGCUAAGAAAAUUUUGACGUUGCUUUAUAAAGCAUAAUGGCGAUAUAACAUGGCGGUCCCAGUGAAUCCUCGCGACCUUCGAUGGUGCAUCAGACGCCCAUAAAAUGACAAAAGUCUAUUAUAAUUAUUUCGAACAUCGCAAAUACGAUAAACCUUUGCACCAACUCGAGGCGUACGAAAUAAUUGCAGUAUACAGAAGCCAAAUGUAAACGCGUGUGCAAAACAGGAGACAGAUGUUUCAAUUAAUAACGAAUUUGUGUCAAUUAGUUUUCUGGUUACACGAUGAAGAAGAGCAAUCAAGCGAUUUCGAGUAUGCUGAAAAUCAAAAACUGCCAGUUUAGGAAAAAACGAGAACAGCUCGUUAGAAUUUUAUGGUGAAUUUAAAGAAAAAAAAAGUAAAAAGGGACCCAGAUUUUUACGGCAUUGUUAUUUUUCUACAGCAUUUUUAAACGAAAUCGAAUUACGUUCACGAUCGAUCAUAAUUUAUUUGUCGAUCCACCGAUUAUGGAGUAUCUACGUUACAGAAAUAGUAGGAUAAUGUUAAUCGGAGUUGGUGGUUUACAAAAUAAGAUAGCGUAGCCACGAAGAACGUGUUAACCCUUUGCGGUCCAAACGUGUUUCCUUGACACGAUUUCGAGUGUUGUUACCUAUGAUGUUCUAGAUGAAGCAUACAACUUUUAAAACAAGAACAAAAAUUCUAACGUAUAGAUUGUCCCCCUUAGCUUGAUACUUUGUUUCCCAAAGGGUUCGCUGUGAUACUUCGUACAUACAGUAGUUGGAUGUAAGUUAGUAGAUUGAACGAAUAAGCAGAUCGCAAAUGGUUAAUAUUAAAUUUAUUUCAAAAAUAGCUGAUUAUUCUAUUAGUUAAAAUAUCAUCCACUAAAUCGUUGAUACCUUACCCGUUGUUUUCUGAUAAAUCAAUGUAACAGCAGCAAAACGAUGGAGGCAAUAAUCAUGGAAUUCCACUGAAUUGCUUCAAUUGAAUCACAAAUAAGCCGUUAACGGUUAAGGUCUAUAAAUAAGCUUCCUGUCGGUGAGGUGUUAACAGCGCUAUCGCUAUAAAUCAUUUCUAAAUUUACAAUUCAGAAAGAUUUGAACGCCCACGUACUUCAGUGUCUGCGUUGUAACGAGGGAUCAAGAAUUCUUUGGAUCGACAACUUACUUCCUACGUUGUCUCUUCGCUUGUUUACGUUGUAACAUCCACGAAGAACAUUGACGCCCAACUACAGCGAUUUUAUAGAAGUUUCUUUAAAUGUUGUGUCUAAGAAAUCGACGUAUCGUAAACAUAGAAUGCCAAAAAUAUAUGACUGUAACAAGAGCGAGCAUUGAAAUCGCGUCUAUAAAUCAUCAAGCUUUACGCGAAUGUUUUAGAUUAACGAAAAAAAAAGUUAUUAAAAUCGUACGUAAAAGUUCACGUUGUUUUCGUUCGAUCGCCGCGAAGUUUAUCGUUCAAGAUAUAGGUAUAGUUAUACUAAUUUUUGUUUGAAAAAUUUUACGAGUCGUAACGAUAAACGCGAGAUAUCGGUUAUGCUUCGGAAGCAUCGACACGAUACAUUUGCGACGUAGGGUGCAACUAAUUAUACAGUUACUAUCGAUAUUAUUGCCCAUGAUUACUCCAUAUUUAACGCAAUACAGUAUUUCUAUGAUAAGCAAACCGUGAGUUGUAAUCGAGAUAAGAAUAUCAUCAAGCAUUGAAAAUACAAUUAUUCCCGUAUUUGAUUUCUCCUUUCGUGCGUUGCAGAUAACGGUCCUAAAAAUCAUGAAUUUUACGAAAGAGAAAUUGUAACUCAACCGUAAGUCGCGAGAUGGUUCAGGCUAUAAAUACGCGUUACGUUUCUACGUAUUCGAUACGAUUGAUCGUUCGAGUAUCUAAUUAUCCAGUUUCAUUAAUAUUCUCUUCGUUUGGAAACUACUCCGCUACGUCUCGUCGAUAAUCGAGGCAACAUUUGUUAUUUCCGAAGCGAUGCGUUUAUCCCAUUAUUUUGUUAACGUUGAUUUUUGAACAUCGUGUUACAUUCACUGUACGAUCAUUGCUCGGCAAUAAAUCAUGAUGUGUAUAAUCAGAAA